GACAGAUCCGGCAUACGCGCCUCCAAUCCGGAUUCACUCACCACUGCAAGCGGGCGCAUGGAGACCCCCGGCGUGGAGAGCAGCGCCUAGCCACGGCUUGAAGGCGACGCCAGGCCCGGCGCUAGAGCGGACCCUGCUUCAGCGGCUCCCGAUUUCUUUUCCUCUUCCUCCACCUGGCUGGGGGAUCAUGAGCAGCUGGGCCAGGCUCGCCGGGCUCCUGCUGGCCGUCGCCGGAACCCGCGAGCUGCAGCCUGGCGCGCAAAGGAGAGGCGCCGGUGCCGUCGCCGGCGCGGAAGAGGCAGCCCAGUUCGACUUCAUGUACUCCGGCCAGGUCAACCGAACAGCCGAGCGCCUUUACGCGUUCAACUACACCAGCAAGCCGGGCCAGGUGGAUGCAGUCCGGGUUAAUGUGCGGAGUAACUCUGAAGAUCUUCAGUAUCCAGUCUUGUUUGUAGUUCGGCAGCAGAAAGGAGUGCUAUCCUGGCAGGUCCCACUUAUUUUUCGAGGCCUUUACCAAAGAAGUUAUAACUACCAAGAAGUGAGCCGUACCCUCUGCCCUUCACAGCCCACACCUGACAGUGGACCUUCUGAACAGAUCAUAUUUGUAGAUGUGGCUUCCAUGGCCCCCUAUAAUGCCGUAUACUCACUGCAGGUCACCAUGAUUAAGAGCUUCCAACUUAUGUUGGACACUCCUUUUAGCUUCAGUGCCAGUCCUUCCCAACCUCAGUAUUUUCUGUACAAGUUCCCUCCAGAUGUGGAUUCUGUCAUAGUCAGAGUGACUUCCAAGACAGUCUACCCAUGCUCCGUUGUAUCCAUCCAGGAUAUUGUGUGUCCAGUUUAUGAUUUGGACCAUAAUGUGGAAUUUAAUGGCGUUUACCAAUCCAUGACAAAACAGGCAGCCAUCACUGUGCAGAAAAAGGACUUCCCAAGCAUGCAGUUCUUUGUUGUAUUUGUCAUAAAGCCUGAGGACUAUGCCUGCGGGGGAUCGAUACCUUCCUCCAUUCGAGGACAGGCUAACUAUACCUGGAACCUGCAGCGCAUGAAGAGUCUUGAAGUGACAGUUGUGCCCUCCAUUAAAGGUUCUGUUUAUGUGAACGCCAUCCUUUUCAGCUUUCUGAGUUUCUUCUCAUUCUAUCUGGGCGCACUGGUGGUUGCAUUUGUGCACUACGUCAGGAACCAUAGGAAGCCUUCAAUUGCUGGACACAGUCCUGAUGAUGGAUCUGGGACUGUGGCCUCCUCUCAUCCUAUCACUGCCAGCACUCCUGAGGGAAGCAGCUAUGGAGCUAUUGAUGAGUCAAGCUCCAGUGGGGGCCAGCAGCUGUCUCUGGAGCGCAGGCCUCGUCGUGGCUCUGACACAGACAGCUCAGUGGAAGAGGAAAGCGACUUUGACACCAUGCCCGAAAUUGAAAGCGACAAGAACGUCAUUCGCACAAAGAGACUGCUGUAUCUGUCAGAUUUAUCCAGGAAGGAUCGGAGAAUUGUCAGCAAAAAAUAUAACAUUUAUUUCUGGAACAUCAUCACAAUAGCAGUCUUCUAUGCCCUACCUGUGAUCCAGCUGGUGAUCACGUACCAGACGGUGGUGAAUGUGACUGGAAACCAGGACAUCUGCUAUUAUAAUUUCCUGUGUGCUCAUCCACUGGGCGUUCUGAGUGCUUUUAACAACAUCCUCAGCAACGUGGGCCACUUGCUGCUGGGCUUCCUCUUCCUCCUGAUUGUGUUGCGCAGAGACAUCCUCCACAGACGCUCCCUGGAAGCCAAAGACACCUACACAACGGAAUAUGGGAUUCCUAAGCACUUUGGCCUCUUCUAUGCCAUGGGCAUCGCUUUGAUGAUGGAAGGUGUCCUCAGCGCUUGCUAUCACGUCUGCCCCAACUACUCUAAUUUCCAGUUUGACACCUCCUUCAUGUACAUGAUCGCAGGGCUGUGCAUGCUGAAGCUCUACCAGACCCGCCACCCUGACAUCAACGCCAGCGCCUACUCUGCCUAUGCAUCCUUCGCGGUGGUCAUUUGCCUUGCUGUGCUCGGAGUGGUUUUUGGGAAAAAUGCUUUGUGGUUUUGGAUCCUCUUCUCAGUUAUCCAUGUUGUGGCCUCACUUGGUCUCAGCACCCAGAUCUACUACAUGGGUCGUUUCAAGAUAGAUGUCUCUGAUCCAGACUUUGGGAUUUUCCAGCGUGCGGUUAUGGUCCUCUACACAGAUUGCAUCCAACAAUGCAGCUGGCCAAUGUACACGGACAGAAUGGUCCUGCUUGUUGUUGGGAACCUAGUAAAUUGGUCCUUUGCCAUUUUUGGACUGGUAUAUCGGCCAAAAGACUUUGCCUCCUACAUGCUGGGCAUCUUCAUUUGCAAUCUUCUGCUGUAUCUUGCUUUCUAUGUCAUCAUGAAGCUCCGCAGCUCAGAGAGGCUUCUGCUCAUCCCUCUAUUCUGCAUCGUGGCCACAGUCGUGGUUUGGGCUGCAGCCCUUUAUUUCUUUUUCCAAAACCUUAGCAGCUGGGAGGAAACUCCUGCAGAGUCCCGAGAGAUAAACCGCCCGUGUAUUCUUCUGGGAUUCUUUGAUGAUCAUGAUGUCUGGCACUUCCUCUCAGCAGCUGCACUGUUCUUCUCCUUCUUGGUCCUGCUGACUCUGGAUGAUGACUUGGAUUCUGUGCGGAGAGACAAAAUACCCGUUUUCUGAACUGCAGGAAGUUUUGGUAAUGCUUGCUCAAACACAUUGUGUUGCCAGCCCAGGGCAGUCGACAGAAAACAAACUUGUUAGUGUACACAGAGCGCAUCAAGUACACACUGGGAAGAAACGUGUUCAAACCAACUGGCAAAUAAGGAAGACCUGAACAGAGGACAAUAAUCAUUUUGCAACUGGAGGGCUCAGGCUUGUAUGCCAGAUUGUUGGUAGAAAGCAGAGAGAAGGGAAUAGUUAC